GUGUCAAAAGCUCUUUACUUUAUUUUAGUGAUGCCAAAUUUACAAACAGUACUGCCUAUACAAAUAAAAAAUUAAUUUGUCUCAUUCGAAAAUCAUUCUUCUUGACGUUUAGUUUUUUUUUACGAAUCCAAACAAAAAGAGAAAUGGCAUCAUUGAUAGCACGCACCGGUGUUGUAGCCGAAAUUAUUAAUCAAAAAGUUGGCCAAAAGAUUUUGGGUUCAGUUGUUGCUGCUCAAUGUCAACAGAAACGUAACUUAAACGUUCAAGAACAUGUCUCCUACACACUUCUAAAUGGUGCCGGCAUUGCAACACCAAAAUUCGGCGUUGCCACAUCUGGCAAGGAAGCUGGCGAUAUUGCUAGAAAACUUAACACCAACAACUUGGUAUUGAAAGCUCAAGUUUUGGCUGGUGGUCGUGGUAAGGGUUCAUUCAAAAAUGGUUUGAAAGGUGGUGUACGUCUAGUCAAUGAUCCCAAAGAAGCCGAAGAAAUUGCCAGCAAAAUGGUCAAUCAACUUUUGGUUACCAAACAAACUGGCGCCGCUGGUCGUUUGUGUAAAAAAGUUAUGGUAGCCGAGCGUAAAUUCCCCAGACGUGAAUUCUAUUUUGCCGUUAUGAUGGAAAGAGCUUUCAAUGGUCCCGUUGUUAUUGCUUCUUCUCAAGGUGGUGUUAAUAUUGAAGAAGUUGCUGCCGAAAAUCCUGAUGCCAUUAUCUAUGAACCCAUUGACAUUAAGAAGGGCUUAACUAAAGAUCAAGCCAUGCGUGUUGUACAGAAAGUUGGCUUGUCUGAACCCAAACAUGCUGAGGACACCGUCAACAUGUUGUUGAACAUGUAUAAAUUAUUCUUGGAAAAGGAUGCUUUACUAAUUGAAAUCAAUCCUUAUGCUGAAGAUGCUAUCGAAGGCUCCUUCUUUGCUCUUGAUGCCAAAUUCCGUUUCGAUGACAACGGUGAAUUCCGUCAAAAGGAAUUGUUUGCCAUGCGCGAUUGGACCCAAGAGGAUCCCAAAGAGGUGGAAGCUGCUAAAUUCGAUUUGAACUACAUUGCUUUGGAUGGUACCAUCGGUUGUAUGGUCAAUGGUGCUGGUUUGGCUAUGGCCACCAUGGAUAUCAUUAAGUUGUACGGUGGUGAUCCAGCCAAUUUCUUGGAUGUUGGUGGCGGUGCCACUGCCCAAGCUGUAAAGGAAGCUUUCAAAAUUAUUACCUCCGAUCCCAAAGUGUUGUGUAUUUUGGUAAACAUUUUCGGUGGUAUUAUGCGUUGUGAUGUCAUUGCCGAGGGUAUUAUUGCUGCAGCCAAGGAUUUAAAUAUGAAAAUGCCAAUUGUUGUUAGAUUGCAGGGCACCAAAGUGAAUGAGGCUCGUGAAUUGAUUAAGAAAUCUGGUUUGAGAAUUAUUCCUCGUCACGAUUUAGAUGAAGCUGCCAAUUUGUCGGUACAUUUGGCCAAAAUUGUUGAAUUGGCCCGUGAAGUUAAAAUGGAUGUUAGCUUCGAAAUUCCCGACAGUGUCAAGGGCAGCAAAUAGAAAAUCCUCCUUGCAAUUUAAACUUUUGAAAGCUUGUUUGAAAUUUCCUUUGUUUGUGUGGGGCUUUCUCCAUAUAGUUUUUGAAUGUUUUUAUUCCUCCAUAUUUUGGCCAAUGAAAAAACCAUUAUUUUUAGAAUUAAAUUAAAAACAUUUUAUUUAAAAUAUACAAUAAUAUAAAAUAUUAAUAA